AUGAAACCGCAAUUAAUAUCAAUUUUGGUAGCAAUGUCGCUAGCAGCGACAUCUGCGGUCGACGUUUGCUGGGGUCCUGGGAUUCCCUGCCAAGACAAAGAAGGAUGUUGUGAUGGAUUGAUCUGUAGUGAUGGAAAGUGUGCUGAAGAUCAAAGCAGCGGCGGUGGCGGUGGUGGUGGACCCGCAAUUUGUAUGGGAGAAGGCGCUCCGUGCUCUGACGAAAGCGAAUGUUGUGACGAUGUUACUUGUCAAAGCGGAACUUGUUCCAAACCCUCAAGCGGUGGUGGUGGUGGUGGUGGUGGUGGUGGUGGACCAGCAAUUUGCAUGGGAGAAGGCAUGCCUUGCUCUGACGAAAGCGAAUGUUGUGACGAUGUUACUUGUCAAAGUGGAACUUGUUCCAAACCUUCAAACGGUGGUGGUGGUGGUGGUAGUGGUAGUGGUGGUGGACCCGUAAUUUGUAUGGGAGAAGGCGCUCCGUGCUCUGACGAAAGCGAAUGUUGUGACGAUGUUACUUGUCAAAGUGGAACUUGUUCCAAACCCUCAAGCGGUGGUGGUGGUGGUGGUGGUGGACCAGAAAUUUGCAUGGGCGAAGGCAUGCCUUGCUCUGACGAAAGCGAAUGUUGUGACGAUGUUACUUGUCAAAGUGGAACUUGUUCCAAACCCUCAAGCGGUGGUGGUGGUGGUGGUGGUGGACCAGAAAUUUGCAUGGGCGAAGGCAUGCCUUGCUCUGACGAAAGCGAAUGUUGUGACGAUGUUACUUGUCAAAGCGGAACUUGUUCCAAACUUUCAAGCGGUGGUGGUGGUGGUGGACCAGCAAUUUGCAUGGGAGAAGGCAUGCCUUCUAUCGUUAUAUUACCUUGGCGUCAUCAACUGACCACUGGUGAAAGUACACCAAUCAUCUUGGCUGCAUCAAGUAAAAAGCAACAGUACUUUUGUGUGCUUGUGUUGGCGUGUGUUGUCAGAUCUCAAGUGCAAAGCAAAGUAAGAUGCUCCCAGGAUUUUAUGGAAGUUGAUAUUGUCAGGAGCAGUCCUCAAGCUAAGAUAUAUCUUCAGCAGCUUGAAAAUUAUCCAGAUGAGGCGUGCAAGCCAGUUUUUCACAAAGGCGUCGCCACAUUUCGGCUGUCUCUCGCCGAACAAAACAUGUCACGCUGCGGAAUCGUUCGAGUUGUUAACAAAAUGACGGGACAAAAAGUUUACUAUCAUCGUAUUAUCGUCGUCGAGCCCGGGGAUGAGGGCAAACACACGUUUACUGUCAAGUGCAUCGUUACUGAGCUCGAUUUACAGACUAAAAUUUCGGGGUUGGAUCAUGGAGUUGUCAGGAGAAGUGUUUUGCCCGCUGGAUUUCAAGAAGAUGACACCGUUGAUAUCCAGGAUGAAAUAAAAGGAAAUGCGCCAAUUCCGAUGCUCAGCGUUGGUGUUCGUCAAGGUGGUAAACUAGUCACGGGGGAACUCAAUGUUAGCCCGGGUACUCCACUACAAAUGGAAAUAUUUCUCGAUACUGAGUCAGCACCUGUUUAUGGGCUACUUGUCACUUACAUGCAAGUCACUGACACUAGGACUGCUGAGGAAACAAUCAUUUUCAAUGGAUGUUCAGUCGACCCAUACUUAUUUGAAAACUUCAAUACAGUAGACGGUGACUUUCUCACAGCAAAAUUCCGAGCUUUUAAAUUUCCAGAGAGUACAUACGUCCAGUUCCGAGGAACGGUAAACGUUUGCUUGGACAAAUGUCAAGGAGUUGAAUGUAGCAACGGGCAACUUGGGUUCGGGAGAAAGAAACGUGCAAUCUCAAUGUCCGGGGACAAGAACAAAGUCUUCGAAGUUACAAUGUCGACGUUUAUUAAAGUCGACUACGAUAGUCAGGUCCCAGAUGCCACACUCUCACAGUUCAUAAGACCGGGAAAGAAUAGAACGUUCGAGCGAUCGGUAAUCGGCGAGCAAGUCCAAGAGCAGUUUGUUUACAAAUGGACGGAAUCAUCUGGCUCCUCUUACUGCCUUAACUUAAUCCAAAUUCUACUCAGUUGUUUCUUUUUGUCAUUUUUUUGA